GCUUGACUUUCAAGGAUGUGUCUGUAGAAUUCUCUUCGGCAGAGUGGAAAUGCCUGACCCCUGCGCAGAGGGCUUUAUACAGGGACGUGAUGUUGGAGAACUACAGGAACCUGGAGUCUGUGGCAGGAGAGACAGGAUUUCACCAUGUUGGCCAGGCUGGUCUCCAACUGCUGACCCCAAGUGCUGGGAUUAGAGGCAUGAGCUACUGCGACCGGCCCUGACUUUCUAUUCUUUAAAGCCAUUGGACUUCGCGGACUCUGGGACAGCACUUGUAUUUUACCUCAUCUAGAAAAUGUAUAUCGCGUGUUAUGUUGAACAUAAUAUCUAACGUAUCUAUAGAAAGAACGCUCCUCUUAGUUUUUAUUUGAGUUUUAUUUGUUUUUUGUUUUUUUGGGUUUUUUUUCUGAGAUGAUUCCCUCUGUCGCCCAGGCUGGAGUUCAGUGACUUAAUCUCCGCGUGCCGUGUUCAAGGGAUUUUCCUGCCCCAGCCUCCCGAGUAGCUGGGAUUACAGGCACGUGACACUAGCUCGCCUAAUUUUUUUUCUAUAAUUAGUAGAGACGGGGUUUCAGCAAUUUGGCGAAGCUGUUCUGGAACUCCUGACCUCAGGUGAUAGGCCCGCCUCGGCCUCCCAAAGUGCUGGAUUACGGGCAUGAGCCAUCACACCCGGCCAACUAAAAUCAAUUUCAAUAGCAACGAAUUUUCCUGGAUCCCACGUUGACUUCUCAGGGAGGUCCUAUUUCCCAGACGGCUGAGCUGCUCCAGCCUCACUGAGUGGUUUACGUUCCAAAACGGAAAAAAGGCGCCCAGAGCGAGAUGGAGGGAAGCUCAGGCCCUGCCCCCUUCCGGCCGCGGACCCCUCACAGCCUCGCCUCCCUCACGCACCACCCCCUCGCUUGACCUUUUCGCCCCGCCCUGGCCUCGCUCAGGCUCCGCCCACCUCUUGCUGUUCCUACCCUGCCGCGGCCACGCCUCCCCGACCUCCUAGAGGUUCCCGCCCGGGUCUGGUUUCUUUCCUUCGCAGAUUGGUAGGGACCGGAAGCGGAUGGCGUGUCCUGAAGGUCUGACCGCGGCUUGUGAGUUUUGGUCCUUCUUUUCCUCUCUGCACUUCCCAGGCCUCCGGUGCUUCUAUACCGGACACGUGGGUUCUCCAGAGACCUGGAAAUUCCGUCCCCUCUUAACCCAGAGCAAAUUGAGACGUCCAGGGUUGAUUUUUAAAGACUCAUAGUAGGUAAGGAAGCAGCUCAGAAGAGGAAAGAAAAGGAGCCCGGCAUGGCUCUUCCUCAGGGACGCUUGACUUUCAAGGAUGUGUCUGUAGAAUUCUCUUCGGCAGAGUGGAAAUGCCUGACCCCUGCGCAGAGGGCUUUAUACAGGGACGUGAUGUUGGAGAACUACAGGAACCUGGAGUCUGUGGGUGAGGAAAAUGUUCCUCCAGACACGAGUAAUCCGUCUUUGUUUAUCUGGGCUCUUCCUGCCGCUGGCAACCUCAAUUGUAGCUCAUUGUUAAAGAAACAUCAGAUAAACCAUUUAGGAAAGAACAAAUACAAAUGUGAUGUGUGUGGCAAGGUCAUCAAUGAGAAGCGAAAUCUUGUACACCAUCAUAGAUGUCACACUGGUGAGAAACCUUACAAGUGUAAUGAGUGUGACAAGUCUUUCAGUGACAGGUCAUGCCUUCCACACCAUCAUAGACUUCAUACUGGAGAGAAACCUUACAAGUGUAAUGAGUGUGGCAAGACCUUCCAUCAGGUGUCAUUUCUUACUUGCCAUCAAAAGCUUUAUACUGGAGACAAUCCUAACAAGUGUCAUGAGUAUGGCAUGAAAUUCCAUCAGAUGACGUCCCUUACAAAGCAUCGUAGAAUUCAUACUGGAGAGAAACCUUACAAGUGCAGUGAGUGUGGCAAGAGCUUCAGUCGAAAUUCAUCACUUGUAACUCAUAAGGCAGUUCAUACUGGAGAGAAACCUUACAAGUGUAAUGAAUGUGGCAAGGGUUUUCACACAAAAGCACACCUCACAUGUCAUCUUAGACUUCACACUGCGGAGAAACCUUACAAGUGUCAUGAGUGUGUCAAAACCUUCAGUCACAUGUCAUCCCUUACAUGCCACCAUAGACUUCAUACUGGAGAGAAACCUUACAAGUGUCAUGAGUGUGGCAAGACCUUCAGUCAGAUGUCAUCCUUAACACGCCAUCAUAGACUUCAUACUGGAGAGAAACCUUACAAGUGUAAUGAGUGUGGCAAGACCUUCAGUCGAAAUUCAUCACUUGUAAUUCAUAAGGUAAAUCAUACUGGAGAGAAACCUCACAAGUGUAAUGAAUGUGGCAAAAGUUUUGUUAAAAAGGAACACCUUGUACGUCAUCAUAGACGUCAUACAGGAGAGAAACCUUACAGGUGUAAUGAGUGUGGCAAGACCUUCAGUCGAAAUUCAUCACUUGUAAUUCAUAAGGUAAUUCAUACUGGAGAGAAACCUCACAAGUGUAAUGAAUGUGGCAAGGGUUUUGUUAAAAAGGAACACCUUGUACGUCAUCAUAGACAUCAUACAGGAGAGAAAGCUUACAGGUGUAAUGAGUGUGGCAAGGCCUUCAGACAGGUGUCAUUUCUUACACGCCAUUGUAGACUUCAUACUGGAGAGAAACCUUACAAGUGUAAUGACUGUGGCAAGACCUUCAGUGACAGGUCAUCCCUUCAACGACAUCAUAGACUUCAUACAGGAGAGAAACCUUACAAGUGUAAUGACUGUGGCAAGACUUUCAGACAGGUGUCAUCCUUUACAUGCCACCGUAGACUUCAUACUGGAGAGAAACCUUACAAGUGUAAUGACUGUGGCAAGACCUUCAGACUGGUGUCAUCGUUUACAUGCCACCGUAGACUUCAUACUGGAGAGAAACCUUACAAGUGCAAUGAGUGUGGCAAGACCUUCAGUCAGAUGUCAUCUUUUACACGCCACCAUAGACUUCAUACUAGAGAGAAACCUUUCAAGUGUAAUGAAUGUGGCAAGGUUUUUAAUUGCAAAGCACAACUCGUACAUCAUCAUAGAAUUCAUACUGGAGAGAAACCUUACAGGUGUAAUGAGUGUGGCAAGACCUUCAGUCACAUGUCAUCUGUUACACGCCAUCGUAGACUUCAUACUGGAGAGAAACCUUACACGUGUAAUGAGUGUGGCAAGACCUUUCAUCAAAUGUCAUCCCUUACAAGCCACCGUAGACUUCAUACUGGAGAGAAACCUUACAAGUGCAAUGAGUGUGGCAAGACCUUCAGUCACAUGUCAUCUUUUACACGCCACCACAGACUUCAUACUGGAGAGAAACCUUACAAGUGUAAUGAAUGUGGCAAGGUUUUUAAUUGCAAAGCACACCUCGUACGUCAUCAUAGACGUCAUACUGGAGAGAAACCUUAUAGGUGUCAUGAGUGUGACAAGAGCUUCAUUCAAAAGUCACACCUUACAUGCCAUCGUAGACUUCAUACUGGAGAGAAACCUUACAAGUGUAAUGAGUGUGGAAAGACCUUUCAUCAAAUGUCAUCACUUACGUGCCACCGUAGACUUCAUACUGAAGAGAAACCUUACAAAUGUAAGGUCUGUGAUAAGCCUUUCAGAACCUAUUCACACCUAGCAAAACACAGUAUAAUACACACUGGAGAGAAACCUUAGAAGUGUAAUGAGUGUGGCAAGACCUUCAGUCAAAAUUCAUCACUUGUAACUCAUAAGGCAGUUCAUACUAAAGAGAAACCUUACAAGUGUAAUGAAUGUGGCAUGGGUUUUGAUACAAAAGCACGCCUUGUAUGUCAUAGACUUCAUACUGCAGAGAAACCUUACAAGUGUAAUGAGUGUGGCAAGGCCUUCAGACAGGUGUCAUCCCUUGCGUGCCAUCGUAGACUUUAUAUGGAAGAGAAACCUUACAAGUGUCAUGAGUGUGGCAAAACCUUCAGUCACAUGUCAUCCCUUGUAUGCCAUCAUAGACUUCAUACUGGAGAGUGACCUUACAGGUGUAAUGAGUGUGGCAAGAAAUUUCAUCACAUGUCAUCCCUUACGUAACAUUGUAGACUUCAUACUAGAGAAACCUUACAAGUGUCAUGAGUGUGGCAAGACCUUCAGUCAGAUGCCAAAUCUAGUAUGACAUUGCAGACUUCAUACUGGAGAAAAACCUUACUAGCAUAAUGAAUGUGGCAAGGUUUUUAACCGACAGGCAACCCUUGCAUGUCAUCAUAGAUUUCAUUCUGGAGAGAAACCUUACAAAUGUGAAAAAUGUGACAAAGUUUUCACUCACAGAUCACACCUUGAAACACAUAAGAAAACUCAUAGUGAAGAGAAAGCUUACAGAUGUAAGAUUUGUGACAAGGCUUUCACGUGUAAUGUAUACCUGGGAAAACAUACUAGAAUUCACACUGGAGAGAAACCCCACAAGUGUAAUUAGUGCAACAAGUUCUUUGAUCAAAAUUGAUCUCUUAAUUCAUAAGGCAAUUCAUACUGGAGAGAAACCUUACAAGUAUAAUGAGUGUGGCAAGGAUUUUAAUCAAAAAUCAAAUCUUGCUCAUCAUUAUAGACUUCGUGCUGGAGAGAAACCUUACAAAUGUGAAGAAUGUGACGUUUUCAGUCCCAAUUCACACCUUGAAAGACAGGGUAAAUCAUACUAAACAGAAACCAUGACGUAUGAGAUUUGUGACAAGGCUUUUGGGCAUGAUUCACACCUGGUGUAACAUGCUAGAUUCUCACUGGAGAGAAAACUUACAUAGGUACUGAGUGCGGCCAAGCCUUUAGUGCACAGUGAGCACUUAUUCAUCAUCAAGCAAUCCAUGGCAUAGGGAAACUUUACUAAUGUAAAGAUUGUUCCAAAGUCUUCAGUAACGCUACAGCCAUUGACAUUAUUGGAGAAUCCAUAGUGGAAAGGCAUCUUACAAGUGUGGUAAAUGUGGAGAUUUUUUGAACAUCGUUGAUACCUUUCAGUUUAUCGGCCAACUCAUGCUGGAGAGAAACCCUACAAAAGUCAGGAUUGUGGCCAGGUCUUCAGUCAUACUUCCCCUUAUGCAAAACAUGGGAGAAGUUAUACAGGAGAGAAACCUCCCCAGUGUGCUCGUGGUGGCAAGCUUUACUUCACAUUCACAUGUCAUUAGACAUCAGAGAAUCCAUCCUGGAUGGAAAUCUUACAAAUGUCCUAAGUGUGGCAUGGUCUUUAGUCUGAGGUCACUCCUUGCAGAACAUGAGAAAAUUCAUUCUGGAGAUAAUUGUUCAAAAUGCAUUGAAUAAGCAGCCAUCGAGCAUCGACUUGAGUUUGAGUUGACUUAACAUUGAGUUCAAGUAUUAAUUGACAUUAAAGUGUUUAUGUUAAGAUGAUUGGGCCAGGCAGGGUGUGGCUCACACCUGUAAUCGCAGCACUUUGGGAGGCCAAGAUGGGUAGGUCACUUAAGGUUAGGAGGUUUGGACCAGCCUGUCCAACAGAUGUGAGCUUCUUUUUUCCGCCUGUUUUUUUGUUUUGUUUUGUUUUUAUUUAACAAAAAGUGACAGGGGGUUUUAUGGGUAUUGUGUUGAAUCUAAAUCACAUUGGUUUAUGUAAUCAUUUCACAACAUUUUUCCAAUCAAUAUGAGUUGUAUCUAUAUAUAUGUUUUUAAUCAUUUUGAUCAAUGUAUGUAGAUGUCAAGGUAGAAACUUCUCACCUUUUUAGCUUUAUUCUUAAGUAUUUCUUACUUUAUAUUCCCUAGCACAUGGAAAUAUUUUUUUAAGUUUCUCUUAAAAUUGUUUAUUGUAGAUGUAUGGAAAUUGAACUGAUUUCUGGUGCUGAUACUGUAUUCUGCAAAUACACUGAAAGUGUGUCUUGGUUUCAGUAGAAUUUGGUUGACUGUGAUUUUCUACACAGAAGAUCAUGUCAUCUCCAAACAAAUAUACUUGUACUUGUUUCUGA